CUUCUCUCUCACACCCCAAAAGAAAAAACCCUUCUUUUUCCCUUCCAAAAUGGACGGCAGCACCGGCACCGGCACCGGAAACAGCCACAGACUCCUCGACGGCGUCCACCGGCGAAAGCCCACAAAGAAAACCAAACAACCCAACAAAAACAAACCCAUCAAAGUCGUGUACAUAUCCAACCCCAUGAAGGUUCAAAUCAGCGCAUCUGGAUUCAUGGCUUUGGUCCAACAACUCACCGGCCAAGACGCCGACUUUCCCGACCCCUCUAACUUCCCACCCGCCGCCGCCGUACGCGACGCCGCCGCCUCCCCCGACAUCCACCACACCACGGCGGAUGCUGAUCUGAUGAUGAAUAACAACCCUUCACUUACUGUUGAGAUUCCAAUGGAGGAUGACCCCUUUCUUGGCUCUUUCUAUGAUGACAUUGAAGAUCUGAUUUUCCCCCCUCCGGUGAUCGGAAACUACCCUGCGCUGCUUCCGGCGGCGGCGGCAACGGCGGUUUUGUAUGAAUCUUAUGCAAGGGUAAUUUGAGCAAGUUGGGGAAAGGAUCGAAGGGAAAGGGAAUUGGGUGAGCCAUGGAAUAUGAUGUAACUCAACAUCACAACCAAACAAAACCCUUAAAAGGUCAAUAUUUAAAACUUUAUAUUAUUUAGAUACAAAUAAUACACAUUAAUUAACCUUUAUUUA